AUGACCCUAGAGCAGAAACCAGCUAAAGGCACAAGCCUAACAGAAGCUCUUACAGUGGAUCGACAUGCUAGCUCAGCAAAAUUUCUAAGACGGCUCUAUCGAGAAUCAGCGCCCAACCGCGCAGUCCGGCUGGCCGAGGAACGAACGUUCCGCUCGGCCAAAGUCAUAUCCGUCCGUCUGAAGUCUCGGCCAAAGUUCCAAACCACCGGCCGAUCACAUCACGACCCGGGAAACAUGCCCGCGGUCGGCCAAGCACAACCGCCACGCCACGCCGCGCACGACCAUGCCGCGCGAGCCGGGAGAACGCCUCGCGGCCGCGCAACUUCUCGCGUACCACGCAUGAACGCGCCGUCCGAGCCGGGAAACUACGUCCCGCGUCCGGCCGAGAUUUCAUCGGCCAAGUCUUCACCCGUCCGACCACAGCCGACCACGCAUCCGUCCGACCGUCCAGUCCGACCACGCCGACCUCCGUCCGGCCACGACCGUUCCGAUCGUACUAGCGGCCAUGACCCGAUUCCGGCCGAUCGUCCCGACCGACCGUCCCAACGCCGCGGUCGACCCGAAGCCCGUUUUGAAGCCCGAUUUCAUAUUUUCAAGCCCGGCUUAACCCUAAGCCGCCUCUAG